CGGACAAGCUAAACGGGCGGGCUCUUCCAUCCCUGAUGCGUGAAUGUCCUUUUUACACGAUGUUAAAAAACACUAUUUUUGGUAGCUAACUAGGUUAGUUGAGUUGGGAUAUUUUGGGAGUCUGCGCACUAAGAGAUUUUCGUUCCUAUGCGGCGGCUUUGGAGUUGGUGACUUCCAUCAGAAUGGACGAGCCAAGCAAAACUUCACAGUCAGCAGGAAGUGGACAAUCACAUCAGCGUCCGGUUAACCAUUCCAGGCCGUUUUUCUAUGUUCAGCCACCUGUACAGCCUUUUUAUACAUACCAGUGGCACAUGAACAGUCCCUACAGCCACAACAUCCCAGGAGCAGGCUUCCAUUUUGGUCGUCCAUGCAUGAUGCCUUAUUCCUACCUGCAGUAUCCUGGUUAUGUUGUGCCUCACACUGCCGUGCACCCUGUGGAUUAUCGGAGAAUUUACGAGCGCAGCAUUCCACCUGGAGCCUCAGCCGCUGCUUAUGACUUCAGCUUCCGCCAGCAGCAGCACACGGGUACCCAGAGAGAGACCACGUGUGCAGGGGCGCAGACCGACCCCUGCGAAGCCUUGAAUAAACUCAUAGAGUGUCUGGAUCAGCUUCGUGCUGGAGAGGAAUUGCACUCUAGUGUGAAUUCCCAAACAUCGGGGACACUCUCACCACUAGCUGAGGAGAAGAGUGAGGAAGAGACUGGGGCAUGUGUAGGAAAAAUGUUCAGUAGCUCCAACACGGCUGAACCAGAUACAAAGGCCUGCUGUAGUGGGGUGGAUCACUUGAAGGAUGGGCAUGUGGGGUCAGGAAAGGAGUCAUCAGUGGAUAACUCCUCUGUGCAAGAGGAGGGCAGUGAGGUACAAGAGGAGGAAAAUGGCGAGACACAUUUUGACUUCUGUGUCAAGUCUCAAAACAAGUCUGAGGACAUGGAGGUACACAGCCAAGAGAAGAAACAGGAUGAGAAGGUUCCAGAUAGAAAAGUGCCUGUACCUAAUGAGGAAAAGGAGUGGGAUGGUCCCAAAACACAUUGGCCUUCAUCACAAUCCUCACCAAUUCAUCCUUCUUCUACCAGAACAAUUGAAUCCCAGGCUACUGAGAGGGCCCAGAACCAUCCAGCAGGUAUUUCCGGCGAUUACUCCUGCUGUGUCCUCCACUUGCCAUUUGAGAAGGUUGUUAAUGCUGGUGUUUAUGGACCUGGCUGUACCCCUCGAUCUCUUGGAUCCCCGUUCAGUUACUGCCCAACUCCGUUAUCUCACGAGCGAGUAAGUGUCCUAAGCCCGUCACUGGAUGAGCUUUCAUCCCAUGAUGAGCUGCUGUCCACUGACCCAGAGGAUAUUGGCCUGUUUCCAACCCGGAUUUACCCCAGAGGAAAACUGGCUGAGGUUGCAUCCAGGAAAAGUCAUCCAUCUGUUGGAGAGAUCCAUGCAGAUAUGUGUGUACUCUAUCCAAAGAGGCUUACCUGUGCUGUGUGUGGGUCAAAGACCUUCAAGGAGUGCAGCAGGCCCAAGUCUUUCCACUGUGAGACACACUGUUAUGGCGAUGUGGAUGACUCUGACGAAGAGGCCAUUGAAGCUAAAAGUGGAGACUGGGGAACGGGGAGAACGUGCAAGCAUUGUCUCAGAAGCACCACAGUGAAGAUUCAGACUGCUAAGAAAACGCAUCCACUCUCAAAACACAGGCAGAAGCACAGAGAGAAGCUUGGGGAGCUUGAGGAGAAACCAGGCCAUACAGAAGCCCACUGUACUGAAUACGUCUGCUGUGAAAAAUGCAUGAGUUCACCAGAGAAGAGCACUGGUCAUUUUGCCAGAGUAAUCAAUGCUCGGCCUUUUAAAGAGAGACGAUGCAGGACUUUCGGAAUAUCAUCAGAUCAGGUUGUGUGGGAGAGUCCUGGAGUUAAUGCCAGACCAAAGGCCUGCAGAGCUCAACCGUUACCACAAAGACAAGAGAGAAUGGGCCAGAGGAAGUCUCGCCUUAAGUCUCAGGGAUCCAGAAAGGACAGCAUUGUUGGUGAUGGUGGUGAUGACGAAGAGGAUUAUGAUGAAGAUGAAGAGGACGAAGGUGAAGAGGCGGGUCAGGAGAUGCUUCAGUUCCACAGGGGAAAAGGGACUACGAAAAGAGGUGGUGCUAGAUGCUAAAGCCCACAGUACACAGCGUAAGCGGUGAUCUGCCACGGGACAACAUGGAGAGGAAAAAAAACACGGCACUUAUUUAUUUUUUUUGUAUUUAUAGUAACGUAUAGAGUGAGGACUUUGAGUUUUGAACAGUCCAUUGCUUGACAUUACAGUACAGGCUACUUCCUAGAGUCACUAACAUGUUUCACGAGUAAGUUAACAAUGCGAAUCACAAUCCUCGAUGCUUUUGAAGUUGUGUUGAUAUUAAAAAAUGUUGCAGUCCUCUUUUCUGAACAAUUGGAUAUGCUUUCUUGAUGGUGACUCAUUUAUAAGACGUCAGUUAGACCUUUCAUUAAGCCAGGAAAAUGUCAUUUGUACAGGUUUUUGCACACCUUUUGGAAGAACUGUUUACAUGGAAAUAGGGUUUAACUUUGAUGCUUUAAAUACUCCGUUGGUGUUUCUGCAUGUAAUGAAUUUGAUACUGAUUUUGUUCCUAUCCACUGAUAUUAAAAUGAUUUUCUAUGUGUUUUUUU